UUGUAUACUGUAAGAUGCUGUUUAAUAAAUAGUAAUUGAUGCAUACAUAAAAUGGCAUUGUGGUUUUAUUACCGAUUUGGUAGAUUCUAAUAAUAAGGGGUGGGGGUUUUUUGGCGAUUUUUCAAUCCCAGAAGCAACCAUGAUUUAGCUUACAGCUUUAAGGAUGCACAUAAGUGAGUGGCGGAGGAAUCCUAAGCUCUGGGUGGAAUCAGCAAGGCAGAGCAGGGCAGUGGGUCCACCAUCUCCAAAGAUCUGCUGACUCACGCUGACUAGGACACACAGUAUGCACGGUAUGGGGUGGUGUGAGUUUUCUACAACUGUUGCACAGCUCGAGUCUUAUGCAAGUCGAAGGGCUCAGAUCAAGCCCCUCCCUGGAGAAUGGCAUCUGUGCUCCCCCACCCUGCACCAGCCAGUCUCACUGGGUACAGUGGAAACAAUGCAGCGCAAUUUCCAUGGCUGCCGUGAGGGCAUCCGCUGUGGACAAGGACGUCCAUGACAUACUAACUCCCUCCAGCAGAAAGGAUUUUGUUUACUUAUUGUUUAUUAUUAACUUUGCAAACCACCCUUUAUCUCAGCCUAGUUCACAGCAUAAAAAUACAAAAUGAAAACACUACAUAAUAAAGGCACAAACAAAAGCAGACACAUAACCACACCUGGAAUACUGUGUCCAGUUCUGGGCACCACAAUUUAAGGGGGAUGCUGACAAGCUGGAGCGAGUGCAGAGGAGGGCAAGCAAGAUGAUCAAGGGUCUGGAAACUAAGCCUUAUGAGAAAUGGUUGAAGGAGCUGGGUAGGUUUUGCUUUGAAAAGAAGAGACUGAGAGGUGAUAUAGAAGUCAUAAAAUUGUAGAGUUGGAAGGGACCCUAAGGGUCAUCUUAGUCCAACCCCCUGCAAGGCAGGACUAUGCAGCUAUCCCAUAUGAUAGCCAUCUUCAAAUAUCUCAAGGGAAGAUGGAGCAAGCUUGUUUUCUCCUGCUCCAGAGGGUAGGACUCAAACCAGUGAGUUAGAAGAAAGGUAAACAUCAAGAAGCGCUUUCUGAGAGUUAAGAGCUGUUUUGACAGUGCUUGUAUGGAAGGUGGCAGACUAUCCCUCUUUGGAGGUUUCUCAGCAGAGCUUGGAUGGCCAUCUGUCAUGGACGCUUCAGCUGAGAUUGCAGGGGGUUGGACUGGAUGACCCUCGGGAUCCCUCCCAAUUCUACAAUUAUUUAUGAAGAGGAACAUUUUUGCCUGGCCCCUAAAGGCGUACCAUGGGGGAGGCGAGCCUCCCUGCGGAGAGCCAUCCUGUGGGUCAGGAGGGCGACUUGAAGCCCGCUGAAGUCAGUGGGCUUCACCUGGGGAGACAGAGGGAAGAAGGGUGGGGUGAACAGGUGGAGAAGGAUGAAGGGGCUUCGAAGGGCGCUGCCCGUUCCUCCUCCAUUGGUUCUCCUCCUUUCUGGAACAGAGAGAGAAGCCGGACUUGGAGGAACCAGACAAGCGCCCAUCUUGGACACCGAGGCGCCCUCACGGCCUCUUCUUGCCUGGCCACAAGCCCCGAUGGAGGCGCCCGAGGCCGAAGGGAAGGCGCAGGCCGCGCUCGCCGACCGAGAGAGACCCGCGAGAGACGCAACGGUCUCCCCUCAGAAUGGCAGCCUGACGGGGGCAGCGAGCGGGCGGGGGCAUUUCGCGGCUUUGGUGGGCCUUCGCGACCGGGCUGCCGUGGACCCGAGGGCCGCUGCCUGCGCGGCGUCUAGUACGGCGGCCGCCUGCGUGCUCUCCGUUCCGGCGCGGCUCCCUCUUCUCCCCCGCUUCCCCCGGCCUGCCUGGCGGCCUCCGUAAGCCGCCUCGAGGCCGCGCCAGGGAGAAAGGCCUUCUCGGCCUGGCGCUGAGGGAGACGGCAGCACGUGGCGCGCGGCCUCGGCGCUUCCCCGGGGCGCCGUGAGGGGGCGACUUCCCUCGGCCUUCUCCCAAGCCUUCCUCCCGCUCUCCUCCUCCUCCUGCCGCCGCCGCCAUGGUGGGCAAAGCGGCGAGGCGGCCGCGGCUGCACCGGGCGGCGCCCAGGCCGGCCAAGGGCCCCUGGACCCCGGGCGAGGACGAGGCGCCGCUCCCGACGGGCGCCCAGGCGGCGAGGGCCGCGGCGGGCCAGGUGAGGCCUCUGCGCUCCUCCACGAGGCCGCGCGGGCGGAGGCGGCGUCCGGCGUUGCCGCGACCUCGCUUGGGGGUUUGGCUGCCUGGGUCCGGCGCCCGAACGCCCCUCGCCUCCCCCCCCAGGGGGACUGGAUGCCCUCGGGGUUCCCCCUCCCAGCAUGAGCUCGGGAAGGGGCUGGGCGGGGGGCGGGGAGGCGAGGCGCCCCUUCAUGGCGGGCAUCUGGUCUUCGAGCGCCUCGUCCGCCCCAUUGUUAGUUGGCGAGGCGGAGGAGGAAAGGAAGAUACAGCUUCCUCUCCCCCUUCCCGCUCCUUUUGGAGCACCUGGCAUUUUGGGGGGCAGGUGCUAGUAAGUAAAUGGAAGGGCUCAACUCGCUGACCCAUUGCGCCACAGAUAACUUUGUUCUUGCCUUGCCCCCCCCCCCCCAAAUACGUCCAGCCUGCGCCCCUGGCACCAGGGGGGAAGGGCGUGUGCCAGGUGUGUGGGAACCUCUGGCCCGCCAGAUGUUGCAGAGCAGCAGUUCCCAGUGACAUCUGGGCAGUUGACCUACACCGCGCCUGAGAAAGUUGACAUCCCUCGAAUCCUUCGUCCAAAGCCCAGGGCUGUUUCUCCAGAAGUAGAGGUGCCGCGACUCACCCUGAAGGCCUCCUUCCUUCUCUUGGAAUGGCAAUGGGCCCACCUGAGAAGGGCCAGGGCUGAGUUCCAGCUGGAAAAAAGCCCUGGUCCAGCCCAUGGCACUUGGGAGCACCUACAGCGGUAGACCAAAAGGAGCGGUGUGUGCCUCCAGAGCUUGGAACAAGGCUCUCCACAAGAUGGUGAUACAGGACAUGUUUCUGGAGGGUAAAACUUUCUUAGGACAGGAGGAGGUGAGGAGUGAGCCAUGGCAAGGUUUGACAGGAUCCUGCAACUGCCACUUCAGUUUAGGGGUGGUUUCUUCAAUCAUUUUAUCGCCUUUACUUUUUAUUCACCAAUUUGGGUCAAAAGUUAUAGUAGAAGUAAAAGAAUAUCCACUGAUUACAGAAAUAAUUCUUUGAGAAUAAAAACUGACCAAAAUUUUGCUUUUAUACUUGAGAUAUGGUAAAGUAACAACUCUCCAAACGAGUAUAUUCUGGCCAAUAUAUUUAAUGCUUUUGUCAUAGGUGUUGCCAGGAUUUGUUUUUUGAGGGGGGCAGACUCUGUUAGGGGGCAGAACGAGUUCUGUGAUGCAAUUGGCCAGUUAAGUAUUUCUAUUUAUUUACUUGGGGGGGGCAGUCCCUCCCCCCCCCGGCUAGGCCCAUGGCUUUUGUCCUCCUACUCAUGGAUGGUGCAGUAGAAAUAGCAGCCUAAUAGAAAUGCCAUGUUGCACUUGUAGCAGCAAAACCAAACACCUUCAUCUGCCCCAACUGCAACAAAACAUGUCUCUCCUUUUUCAUUCUUUAUUAUCCUUUAUAAUCUACAGCAGGCACUGUAACUCUCCAAUGGUUUGACUUUACUCUCAAAGGUGCCCUUUUCUAUUGUCUCCUGAGACAGACGGAUGCCAGCAACAACAACAGUGCAUGGGACAAAGGGAAUAGUUACAUCACAUUUUAUUCUUAACAUGUUUUUUUUAUCACAUCUGAUGAAAUGUGUAAUAGUCCACCUGAGCUUAUGCCAUGAUGAAGAUGUCACAAGACUCUUUGUUGUUCUUGUCUGUGUUGGGACCAGGUAUUUAUGACCUCAAACGUCUUUGCUGGAGUGAAGAUUGAUCCAAAAAGUCUGGUGAAGACGUUGGACAUUGAUGUGAGAAGCAUUUCUUCAGCCAUAAAGGGUAAGAAUUAAGGAUCUUCUAGUACAUCUGCCUCACAGUGACAAAGAAUGCAGAAAUUCACUUACUGAAUCAAACCUAUUCUCUUCCUAGCUUCAACAAUUUGUAAAUUGGCUAGAUUCUUUGGAAUGGGUUACAACUUUUUCCACUAAAAAGUGCAUUCUCAUUAGCUGUUGAAUUUUAGACCACCAGAAGAUGUUAACCCUAUUUGCAUACAGUUUAAAUCAACACCAGUCAGAUGUAAGGUUUUUCUCAAGCUGGCAACACCUUUGAAGCAGUUUGUAUGAAACCAGGCAUAGUUUUGGUUUGCUGAACUAUUGUAUUUGAAUGCCCUUCCUGGAACAAGACACUCCCUUCUCUAAUAACGUAGCAGAGUACACUCCCCACCCUACCUCUUGGCUUAUCCACACUUGCCUUUGCCCCACGCUUUCUAGGCACAGAUCCAUGCUUUAAAGUGCUGUGUCUGAGCACUCCCCCCUGUGCGUCCCCGGCAACAAACCCACUUUUUAAUGCUGACUUGGACCAAAUGGCCGUUUAGGUUUUCUGCAGAUUGCAGUUCUGAUUCAGCAGCAAAGAGUGGAUAUGUGUGGGAAAGCACUGGGGCACGAAGAAAAAAGCACUCUGACACAGUGCUUUAAAGCAUGGGCUGAUGCCGAGAAAUGUGUCACCAAAAGAAGUGUAGAUGAGCCCUUAUGGGCUGCUUACCACCCCAACCCCCCAAUAUUUUAAUUAAACUUCUUAAUGAAAACGAUACAAAUUACACCAUAAAGUAGCCAGAAGCGUCUGCUUCAGCUUCACAAACAUGAGGGAAAAAGAAAUAAGAGAGAUUUCUGGGGCAAAGGAAUUAUUUGGGGCUUGCAAAACACCAAGUGUAAAUUGGAAGGCUUGAGUAUGGUCCAAGCCAGAGGGGAGACGGUAGAAGAGGAGAGUCAUUUCUCAUCUUCAGGGGGCGGGGCGUUCUGUGCUACUUGUGAGAUGCCUCUUGGAUCCUCGUGCUAGGACUGAGUCAUUAAUUGGGUGGAAAUUCAGGCAGUGCAUCCAUGCACAUUGUAACUUGGUUUCUCAAAUCACCUGACCUUUUGCAUUUAACACUAAACUGUAGCUUAUCGUGAGAGGGAGGCGCAGCCAAGGAAGUGUCCUAGACCCAGCUGUUCUUCUGUUCUUAGGCUGUGUGCACAAGCCUCAAUUUUCUGCUCUUCCCUGUUCCCUCUCCUCCUCUAGCACCCCUGUGAGGAGGAUGUGCUUUUAAACCAACUUUUUAAAUCUAAAGUCAGGAAAACGGAUUAGUUUAAAACUGGGUAGAUGAAGCCAGGGGCAAACUGUUUACAAACGAAAUAGAUUCUCUUGAGUUUGGAUGUAGUAGGGAAUGCAAGUGAGUUUGAAAACAAAAGUGCACGCAUUGGAUCUGCUUGUGGCCAUGUCAGAGCAGGUCAGGGGAGGUGGAAGGCUUGAGCCAAAGAGUCACCGUUCCUUGGGCACUCAACUGGCCUUGCAGAAUGAUGCUUCCUUGUGUUUAAAGGUUUGCAAGAAGUACAGUAAAAUACAUUCUGUGACUUACUGACAGUUGCUUCUGAGCUCUUCAGAUAUAAAUAUUUCUGAUUUAAAAUUAAAACUAAAGCAUGAGAGAUAAGCCAUUCAGAAUGAAAAUGAAAGCUUAUGAUGUAUGUAAUAAAAGCAGUUUCUAUUUCAGUGUUCAAAAUGCAUUAAGCUUUUGUCUAGUAAAUGCCCACAAAGGUCGUUGUUAUAGCUGUUCUCUGCAUUAUUAACAUACUGGUUUUGCAGGGUAAUAUAAAAUUGAAAUAGUAUGUGUAGUAAUCUGUUUUUCCUCCCUGGGAUGCACAAGGGCCUUGAAGAUCGCAGCUCCAGAUGAGCUCAUUAUUGAGCUGGACCCUGCGCUAUUUUUUAGCUGGAGAGAGUGGGACUCAAUGUUCCUUAUUUCAAGAAGAAAAAUGUUAGUAUUAAUAGUCAUAUAAUCUGAAAUGUUGGUGAAAUGAGUUUAACAAUUGAGAGUCUAGCUUCUAGCUCAUGAGAAUAGAUUUUUAAGUACAGUCAUACCUUGGAAGUUGAACGGAAUCCGUACCAGAAGUCUGUUCAGCUUCCAAAACAUUUGAAAACCGAAGUGCAGAAGCCCUGUCGGACGUUCGGCUUUCAAAAAUAGUUCGCAGACCGGAACACUCAUGCCAAAACGUUUGAGAACUAAGCUGUUCAGAAACCAAGGUACGACUGUAUACAGUAUUUUAAUUUUAAUUAUGGCCUGGUAAUACUCAUGGCCUUAGAGAGGUUCAAGUGCUUAAUAAGGAAUGUGGCAGCUGUUACUUUCCUGAUCUCAAGUUGCAUCUAUAGUUUGUGAUGAUAACAUUUCAUAUAGCAAGGCACUAAUCUAGAAUGCUCUGCAUUUCUUCUGGCAAAUGCAGUUCCGUGUUAGCCAGUGUGUUCAACCAAUGGGACAAUACCUGCUCCCAUCUGAAGCGGCAGGGUUAGGAAGGAAGCUGGGGCUUUCUAUGGUAAGUGGAAAUAGCACACUUGCCACAGUGAGUGAAAAUUUGGAUGCUUCAGUGUGGGAAUGAGCAGUUCUCUUAGUGGAGGUUCUCAGCAUCACAAUAGAUUGAUAUCUGUGUGUUGCAUGAAAACUUAAAUGAUCUCAUUAACUAAUGAAUCUCAAGUUUUAUUGGUAUCUUCCAGCAUGAUGGCAGGUCUUCACAAUGUUCAUAGGUCUUGGUGUGCUUGGUUUUGUUUACACCCUUUCUCUUCAGGCUCAUGGAAGGGACCCUCAGGGUCCUCUUGUCCAACCCCCUGCAGUCCAAUCCAUACUGUUGUUUAAUGUGGAUAGUAAUCUUCCUCUAGGGAUGCGGGUGGCAUUGUGGUCUAAACCACAGAGCCUAGGGCUUGCUGAUCAGAAGGUCGGCGGUUCGAAUCUCCGCGACAGGAUGAGCUCCCGUUGUUCGGUCCCUGCUCCUGCCAAGCUAGCAGUUCGAAAGCACGUCAAAGUGCAAGUAGAUGAAUAGGUACCACUCCGGCGGGAAGGUAAACGGCAUUUCCAUGCGCUGUUCUGGUUCUCAUGACUAAGAAGUAGCUUAGUCAUGCUGGCCACAUGACCUGGAAAACUGUCUGCACACAAACGCCGGCUCCCUAGGCUUAUAGAGUGAGAUGAGUGCGCAACCCCAGAGUCAUCUGUGACUGGACCUAACAGUCAGGGGUACCUUUACCUUUUAAUCUUCCUCUACCACCAUGAAUUCUCUUUUGUCCAUGUGAUGUUCUCCUCCAGCUCAGUGCCUUCCUACACUUUCCCUUGCCUUGUCUUUCAUUUUCUUAUACCAUGGGUACUCCCAAAACAAGAGGAUGUGAAAAAAUCCAGUUUGAGGGAGGGGAAAGUGUGGGAAAGCAGUGAGCCAGAAGAGAACCUCAUAUGAACAAUGGAAAACUAAUGGAGGUUCAGGACACCUGCUAUGCAUAUUAAACAUCUGUGUGGAUGAGCCCUUCCUCUACUUCGUUUUCUGUCAGCAGGUGGCAACAUUUAUUCUACACACCAGAAGCAAAAUUUUCAAGCCUUGCUGUUUAUUCCAGCAAUUCAGGUCUUGGAAUUUACAUAAUGCAUUUAGUUUUAGCCACUCAUUUGCCCUAGAUUUACUUAUUUAUUUGAAGGAUUUUUACCCCAUUCUUCAGCCCAAAAAGGCCUCCAUAGUGGCUUACAGUGAUCCAGUCCCUCCCCUCAGGCUUGCACAAUCUCAAAGAUGUGAUGAAACAGGAUUGGGAAGGAGAAGCAAAGCAAACUCCAGAACUAGUACUAACUAGUACUAACAACCAGCUGGAGAUGAGGAUAGGCAAGUAGCAGCUCUGUCAGGGAAGAGUGUCUCUGUCCACUGUUUGGCACAUGCGUAGGUGCCAGAGGGGCUGGUAAAAAUGGUUGCUGUUUGUAUUCAUUUGCAAAGCCGGAUAAGCCCUACAUUUAAAUUACUGUACACAUUUGACAUGCUAAAUAUAAUUUGUUUGAACACUGCUGUGGUUGUUUAUGGACAAAGCCUUGGCUGUGAGCCCUGGAAGACCUGCUCUCUGCCUCACAAGCCUUUUCCCAUCUGGCCUGCAAGCGCAAGGCCCUGGCUGUCUGGAGCUGAGGAAGCCUGUGUAGUUUUAGCCCCACGCACCAGCAUGCUGCCUAUUCACCAUUACAUCGUAGUUAUGCUUGAGUAUAGUGAUGUGUGACUCAUACGGAUAUGAACUCUUUUAAGGUGCCGCUAGGCAGUAAAAGGUUAUGCAUGAGGCUAAAAAUCAAGUUAACAUCUAAAAUAUUUUCCACCGUUCUUUUAUAGGAAGUGGGGGGAGGGUGACCUACCCCUUUGUCUUGAGCCCAGAGUAGAGCCCUUUUGCCUGAACAGGAGGUGCAAAGAGUGGCAAGCAGGACACACGUCUGCUCACAGUUCUUUCUCUGGCUGCUUCCCCACUUCCAGCUGAUUUUGCCAGUCAUUUUUUAAGGCAUUUCUAAACCACCCUUUACUAGAAGGAGCAUUUUAUGAAAAUAAGAUAAAAUGUAUUUCAUAAUAAACACAGCAUUAAAAUAAAUAUCAUAAGGUACAUUAAAAGAUACUUCGCAGCCGCAUUAAACAUACUUAACCCAUUAGUACCUGAAAGCCUAACAAAACAUCAUCAUCAUAAUUUUAUUAUUGGUACCCCACCUAUCUUGACGGGGUUGCCCCAACCACACUGGGCAGCUCCCAACAAAAUAUAAAAACACAGUGAGACAUCAAACAUUAAAAGUUUCCCUGUGCAGGGCUGCCUUCAGAUGCCUUCUAAAAGUCAUAUAGUUGUGUAUUUCCUUGAUAUCUGACGAAAGGGCGUUCCGCUGAGAAGGCCCUCUACCUGGUUGCCUGUAACCUCACUUCUCGCAGGGGGGGAACUGCCACAAGGCCCUCAGAGCAGAAUGGUGGGGGUGGAGACACUCCUUCAGGUAUACAGGGCUGGAACCAUCAGCAAACGUUUUCAGCAGGGGACCAUUCCACUGUCCCUCAGCCCUUGUGGGGGGCCGGACUAUAUUUUGAAGGGGGGAAAAGAACGAAUUCCUAUGCCCCGCAAAUAUCCCAGAGAUGCAUUUUAAAUAAAAGGACACAUUCUACUCAUGUAAAAACACACUGAUUCCCAGACUAUCUGCGGGCCGGAUUUAGAAGGCGAUUGGGCCGGAUCUGGCCCCCGGGCCUUAGUUUGCCUAACCAUGAUUUAGGGCUUUAAAGGAUUAAAACUUAAUCAAGGUACCACUGUAGUUGCAUCUUCCCCAAAAAUAAAUUAAAGAUUGUGAGCAGUUUGGCAACUAAUAUUCAAAAGUAAAUUAGUGCGAUUUAGGUGCUUCUGGCUUUGGCCCAUGCAGAUGCCUUCUUCCAUAUCUGAGGCACACUUCAUAAUAAUUUGGAGUCAUUAUAUGAAUGUUUGCAAUUUUUUAGUGCUUUUGAUUGGAUUUAUGUUCAGUUCAACCCCUCCUUUCCUCUCUUUGUUUUUUUCUUUUUCUGUAGUGUUUAGAUUAUAGACUUUCAGUAGGGAUCUGUUUUGUUUAACUUUGUUUAACUACUAUUGACAGUGGUUUAUAAAUCAUAUUAAACUUGACAGUUAGAAAAAAAAAUAUGGCAAACUUUUAUAGUCUGGCUUAUAUCUCUUAUAGUGCUCUACCCAAACCUAUCCACUUUCCCGUUGUAUUUCUGCUGGAGACAGGCACCCCAGGAGGGGAAGCCCACUGAAAGAUCUUACAUAUAGGUGAAAACAACCUGGGGCAUGGGUGGAAGCACACCUGUAAAGCAGCAGAUAUGAAAUAAAACUGUACUUCCAGCAUCCCAGAUGUGAAUCUCUGCCUUCUUGAACUGUGCUGUCAGAUGUGGGCCCAUGGAAGAUAGAGAAUCUUUGAGGUUCCCUUCCCCUGACAUAAAGCACAGGGGUAUGUUAAAAGAUCAAGAUUGGAACCGUAUUUUGUGGAGUUGGCAGUGAGCUUUGGACAUUCAAAUAACUCUUUAAGAUGCUGUAAACUCAAGAUGUCAGCAUCUGAAGUCUAGGAUUGGGUGGUGUGUUUAACGGUGGGCUUUCCUCAACAAUCUCUUGUUCUGUCUUUCUGCUCAUCUACACUAGUAAUAAAUCUCUGCAUAGUGCUGCUGAAACAAACAUUUUAUUUUGGUACUGGACUUAUGCACCUCUCCCAAAGUGCUGUGAUGUUUCUCUCCUUUGUACCAUCAUGUUCUGUUAUUGCACUCAUGGCAGCUUGUUCUUCCAGAGCAUAAUAAAUGGGGAAAGAGUAACACUGCCAUGAGGAUGCAUCGUGGCUUGGAGCACUGCUCCCAAUCAGGCACGUGAAAUCUUGGAAUGGUCUAAAGAUUGGCCAGCACCUCCUUGGCUAAUAGUCUUGUAAAAAUAACAAAUGUGAAACAGAUCGGCUGUCCUAUUGCAGUAUCAGUUUGCAUGUGUAGAGAUUUAAAUUUUAUCUUCUUUCAUGUAGUGGUGAAGUGGAUAAUCAGAUAAGAGAAAGCCGUCGUGUUUUCAUUUCCAGAGUGGCUACCUGGCUCAGAUAAAGAUGCUGGUUCCUACUUUCCGUUCCACAGCAUUUCAUAACCCAGAAUUCUGUUCAGCUCCCUGCACAACAGCUGCAGAUUGCUGGCUUAACUCUUGACGUAUAGUUGUGAAAUAAAUAGAUCAGUGUUUUAGCUAUACUCCUUUCUGUGCAAUUUAUUAGAAAGACUUAAAAAUCAAGGGCAAUGUCUGAAAUAGGGUUCUUUUUAGUGCAUGAAAUGUUUAGGAUAGCCAUAAUAAAAAUAAUAAAAAUAGUAGUAACAACAACAACAACACAGCAAUACAAUAAUGAUGGUGAUGUUACCUAGUGUCAUUUUACAAAAUUGUCACUAGCAGUGUCUCUUCAUGUUGUUGUGCAAUGCUGCUUUCUCAAGAGUGCCCUCUUGGCACUCUGCUGAGGGCUCUCCUGGAUUGCCAGUAUAUGGUUCUUUUGAAAUGGUGUCUUUAUGGAGAGCAAGGUUUAGAAACAUUAAGCCUUGGUGGUUCAUGUGCGGCAAUCCUGUGUGCCCUCUGUUUAAGGCAGUGAUAGGAGGGUUCAUCUACCAUUGAGUUAGGAAUUCCCUCCAGAAAUUGGGAAACUGCAGGCCCUCAGCUUCAUGUCCUUCAUCUUCAGUGGAAUAUUUAGCAUCACUGUGGUGAGCAUUUGCACCCUUUUCUGCUACUUGGAAAAGGGGAGACUGGUUGCUCCAGGCAGUCCUUUCAGCACAGCAUCUCCACUAGUCCUUUUUAUCUUUCACUCCUCAGAACAUUAGAUCCUUUUUGGAGUUUAUUUUUGCUUUGGCAGGAGGAGAGCUUUAACUUUAAGCUAUUGAUGCCAUCUCCCACCCACCCUGUCCAAUUUACCUGUGUUUUAAAAUCAACCGUGGAGACCCUUCUCUGUGUUCCACCACAGGAAAUGAUGCAUUUGGUGGCAGUGUGAGAAAGGACCUCUUCUGGGUUAACAUCCUGACUAUAGAACAUGUUCCCUGUGGUCUGGUUGGCUCCAGAAGUAUGGCAAUCUCCACACCAACUGAAACCAUUCCUGGAAAACCAGAUGUUCUAGCUUUACUGGAUGAGUGGACCUUUAUGGAAACUUCUGCUGUUUUUCUUAAUUUCUAUUCUGAUGUGAGUUUUAAUUGUUGUUUUUAUUAGUUUUUUUAUUAUUCUGAUAUAGUUCAUGAUGUAAGCUGCCCUGAAAGCAUUUGUGAUUAAAGCAUGAUAUGAACCUUUUAAAUAAAUCCCUGCAAGUGCUGUUGAUUGCUUUUAUCCUCACAUUGUAGGUUGGGUUGAGUACGCAAAGAAGAAGCCCAACGAUUGUAGACCAUGCUCAGUGGACCUGAAGAGCUUGCUGAUGGGGGCCGGGGAAGAAAGCAGGGAUGGAAUGGGGUGGCUGGAACAUUGAACAGACGCAUUCUCCACUGCAGAAAGUUAUUGCAGGGCCCCACGUGUGACGUAUAAAGCUGAAAGGGUGACAUCCAGUGUUGCAUGGAUGGAUUUCCCCUUCCUUUCCCCCCAGUCUCCUGCGCCAUGCACAGUCUGCUCCAGAGGGACCCCUGGCAUGUUUGGGGGCGGGAUAUGCUGAAAUGUUGAGUUUUGUCAUUUAUUUUCUCUUGAAAUACCUCUACCCCAAGGUUUGUGCAGUUGGGGGUGAGAGGAGAGGAAUCCAGUGUCUGGCAGAAUGUGUAUCAGUUUCUGGUUGGCACCAUUUGAGGCAGAGAAUGUUAGCGUAUCAGAUGAGGGACUGAUAGGGGCAGAGGGAGACAGAGAAAUGGCUUUCUCAUUACAUUACAGUCAUGCCUCGUGUUGCGUCCGCUUCAUGUUUCAUCUUUUCGCGUUAUGUCCUGUGACAACCCUUCCGGAACGGGUUACUUCCGGGUUCCGCCUCUUGUGCAUGUGCAGAAGUGCUAAAUCACGCUAUACGCAGAAGUGCCAAAUCGCGCCGCGCGCCUGCGCAGACACAGCACUUCGAGUUGCGGACAUUUCACGUUACGGACAGGCCUCCGGAACGGAUCCUGUCCGUAACAUGAGGUACCACUGUACAGAGCAUAUCUCCAAGUCUCCCCAUCUGUGCUGUGAAAAACUUCCCUUGCCGUAUGUAGAGAUCCCAGAAUAGAAAAUAGAUUAAAGAGAAAAGGAGUCCCUCCAACUCCAGCGUUGAGAGGCCUGAGCACCCACCCACCCAGGCUCCUGUUUCAGGCUGCUUGGAGCCCUGAAGAAGAAGACACCUUGAGGGGAUGGUCAGCAGAAGGGGCGAACUAGGAAUAACUGCUCUGCAAAGUGAUUUCAUUGGGGAAAACAGAUGUUCUGCCUAAGGACCCCAUUUGCUUGAGUGUUUUGCAAAGAAAAUACACCUUCCCUGAAACUAAGCAGUGCCGCAUCAAUGUGCAAGGAGUACUCUGCACAUUUUGUUCUAUUCUUUUAAAUCCUGGCUGGCACAGGCUCUGCCAUUCAGUUCUAAAGAAGUGGAUUGUCUAAGGCUAAAUGGCCUUUCUCUUAAGUCAAACAAUGUGGGAUUUUAUCUCUUCAUGGGGCAAAUGCAGACUCUGCAGCAUUCAGUGAAAGCUUUUUGGUGGUGUCCCAAUCUAAUUUCAGGUCGAUUGUGCAGAUUCUCUUUGGAAAGCAAGUGCUGUGAGUGAGAUUAAGGGGUGUGCCUAAUCUUCUUUGGGGAUUUAUUUUACGUAGUUAUUUCACAAAAUUUAUAUACUGCUUGAUUUAUAUUCCCCUUUCCUGUAAGAAAAUCUAGAGGUGGUUUGUAAAAAAGUGUUUUUUGGUUUUUAUGAGAAGUUUUGAAUGGACAGGUCAUUCUUGACUACAUUGUAACUGCAUGAGGAAAUGAGAUACCAGCGCACUGGGUUGACCUGCAUAGAGAAACUGCUGCAUGUUUGGAGGUCAGGUGGUAAGCGGAUAGGAAGGUCAGUUUAACAGAGUUCAAAUCAAUUGGCUUAAUUACUAUAGAACUGAUAGGUUUUGAAUUAUGUAUGGAUGCCUCCUUGGAGAGCCACAAGAGAGGAAUGAAAUAAGGCGGGUGGAGUUGCUGUAGGCAACUGCUUUCGUUCUGGAGAGUCAGACUGACCCCCAUGGGAAAGCUAUAGGCAUUGUAGGUCAUCUGUGUGGUUUGGGCCAAGUGGUCAUCCUAAAUAUGCAAGAAGGGGUGAAACAAGAAUGAGACUGCAUCUCAGAUAUUUAAUUCUCAGCUAGCUACAGUGUGUACUGUUUCAGGUGCCUAUGGCCUUAAAUGAGAAUAACAAGCUCAAACAAGAACCCAAUGCUUUGUUGUUAGAAUUCAUUUUUAGUGGAAAAGGGAUAUGUUGUAAAUAACCUCUGCCUCAUUUGUAGAACCGGAAAUCAGUUGGGUUGCAGUGCCAUUGGGUUUGAUCACAGCCUAGCAAAGUUGUCUUGCCCCAUCUGUCUUGCUUUUCCAACCUCAGAAUUGUCCUCCCGUUUGUGAGGCAUCCUUUAAGCAGGGGUGGAGCCUCCUUCUGACACUUUGCUUCCCAUAUAGGCAGAGCCAGCAGAGAAACACCCUCCUCAGCCCCCCCGCCUCUUCCAACCAAGGACAUCACAAUGAUCUCAGGUUACUUACAGGUAGGCAGCAUGGAUGGUCAGUUUCUCAGUGAACACAAAAGAGGUCUGGCAUUGGUUCUCCUCAGCAGCCUCUGUUGGAAUACCAUUAUUGCCCAGGCAAAAUCCCAACCCCAAUGGAAAGCCUUUUCUAUCUCUUUUGGUCUAGGUGGGCCAACUGGCCAGGCUGGUGGAGGUGGAUGAGACAGUCCUAAGGCUAAGAAUGCUUUAAUGCCAAGUCCUUUUUAAAAAAAGAAGUUUUAAUAAGAUAUAAUGCUUUUACAUUUAAAGAAAUUUAAUAGCCAAUCUCUUGCCACUUUUUAAACUGAAGAGCAGAAUCCUAUGACAUUCCAACAACAACUUGCUUUGUGUGUUUAUGUGGAGUAGGAGGUAAUGCCUGUGUGGAGGGAGCAGAUGAUGAUACUUGGGCGUUUAAACAUGAAUGUAUAAAACAGAAGCAGUGACCAAAGCUUCUGAGGGCAGAAAGACCAUGAAAACCUGCCUCUUUCCUCCCCCUACCCCCCGUCUACAACCUCACAAUGUCUAUGGCAGCAGUGUCUCACACUGAAUGUAACUGACCUGUGGAAAGGACUCUAUGAAUUGAAAACAGAGAUGUUGCAUGUACCCUUGUUAAGUCUGAAAAACCUUUCAUAAAAACAACUGUUAUAAAAAAGGGUGAGUGCACUGCAGCUACCGGUAAAUUGUAUGCAAGCACAAUAUACAGGGUGAGUCUUUUUUUUAAAAAAAAUGAUAUUUAUUGAGAAUUUAAUAUUACAGAGAAAGAGAAGGGGGAAAAAAGGAAAAGGAAAAAAGGUAGACAAAAAGAGAAAUUAAACAAUACAAGUCAGUAAAAAGAAAAAAGAAAAAAACAAAAAACAAAACACACAACACAUCAAAACCAAAAUCAAAAAUAAACAAAAAAUAUUCCCAAAUCUUGUCUUUCAUUAACUUGUUUCAUCGACCUCCUCACACCUCCGUUUUUUGUAUUCUAGUUAUUAAUUAUCUCAGCAAAUCCUUUCCAUCUUUCACUAUAUUCUGUCAUUAGAUUACCUUAAUUUAUUUUAACCUUAUCUUACCAUGAAAAGCCCUAAAGCUUAAAACUUAAAACUUAUUUAUACAUAAUUCUUUUUAACAUUUCUACUAAAGCCAAAUAGUUUCAUUCCAACAUUUUUCUAAUGCUCAUUAAUUUUACAAUCAUUUUCUAAAUGAAUUUUUAAAACUUUCUUCCAAUCUUCAUCCAUCGUCUCUUCUUCCUGGUCUCGGGUUUUAUCAGUCCUUUCUAUCCCUUCCAUCUAGUCCAUCAACCUGGUGACCUUCUAUCCGAGGCUCUUAAGUCUUUUCCAUGUCCCUUCUGCAGGUCUUCUUCAUAUUUAUACCUGCACUUUACUUUAUCUUCUGCUGAUCUUAUUCUUAAUUUCCUUCCUUUCUCUCGGGGAGACUCCAACUUGACAAUAUCUUUAUCCCUUCUCAACAAGUCAGCCCAUUCUCCAUAGUCAGCACUGAAAUCCAAAAGAUAUUUGAAGGCAUGUUUCAAAGUCCCUCCAAGGUUAAGGGCCCCCACAACUCCAAACUCCCCCUGGCCCAAAACCAGAUCCGAAAAGUCAAAACAUCCCUGCAUAGGGGGAUCUAUCCAACUUCCCAUCUCCAGACCAAACAGUACUCCAUCUCUCCAAAUCUGACUUUCUCCAGGUUCAGUCGUCAGAAACAACAACUUACGUUCCUGCAAGGCCGCAGCUCUCUCCAUUUCUAUUACUUGAGGUUCAGCAACAACCUCCUCCUUUAUCUUCUUCACAACUUGCUCUGUCAAAGCACAUUCCUAGGUUGGUUCCUGAGUGGUUUCUAUAUAGGUAUUCACUGUUUGUCCAAAAUUGCCAACUGCAACAGUCAUCAAAUCCAUCUUCUCAUGUAGCUGUUCCAGUAAAGCGCUUGUCUUGCAAAAAGCAAGCACUAAAGCUUCUUCUGGGCACAUUCUUGUUCAAGGUCAAUGUCUGGUCUCACGAUCUUUAAUCUCUACAGCUGUAGAAUUCCCCAGAUCGACUCCAGCAACAGUUUCACAAGCUCCCUCUAGAGGAAACAAUUUCUGUUUGUAUCCGUCUUUUUAAAAGCAGAUCUAGCAACAAAAUUCCUUUCGUUUUUCAGAUAUUUUGUUCCUUUUAAGUGCAAAAGGGAACAUUGGAAUCAAUAUGUUUCUCUUUUUUAACUAUCUGUCAAAAACGUUUUAUCCACAGUCAAUGAACUUCCCCAAAGCGUCUGUCUCUGACACCCCGCUCCCAGGUUCAAGACGGUGGAAAUUUAUCUUUCUUUACUCUCUCUUCUGCAGGUUUAAACAGUCUAAGAUUUCCCCCCUCUUCUCCUGCUUCCAAGGGGGGUUUAGUAAUUUUAACUGAUGGAAAUUUAGUCCUUACAAACGACUUUCCAGACUCUAGCUUGCAAUGUCUUUGCUUCAAUCUAUUUACAAAAGCGGAAGGCGGACUUCCUGUUUAGACCUUCCCGCUUCGGUGCCAAAUUAAAAAGUUUCAUAGUCCAAUUUUCCGUUCUACUCACGGGCAGUUGUUUAAAAUCCAAUUGUCCACAGGAAAAGUCAGCGCUCUCCGGCAACAGCAAUGCGGCUUCACUCCGUGAAAAGAGCAGUCGAUUCGAAGCACCGCGCCAUUCACCCCACGUCGCUCCGGAUCCCCGAAACCGGGUUUCGCCGCGAGUAGGGGAGGCGCAAAAGGUGCCAGCCGAAUCCCACAUCCACAGGCUUCUCCUGCCUGUGGUUUGUGGUGGGUCUCCGCCUCGCUGUGGCGGUCCAGACCCUAAUUCUCACGAAGCGGAUUCCUCCCGAUCAGAGGAAAUCCGCCAUUGCCGGAGGCGCUAACCCGGAAGUCCAGGGUGAGUCUUUUAAGAGGCCCCGUGGACCGUGUGUACUCUGUAUCCAUGGGGCCUCUUUUAAAGGACUCACCCUGUGUGAGACUGUAGUAUGAGUCUGCUGCUUACACAGCAAGGAAGGUCGAGUGAAUGUCCUAACAUUUCAAUUUCUAUGCUUUGUGGUACUUGAGUGAUUUUUGUAAAAAGAAACAAAACCUUAAGUCUUUGCUCAAACCAAAGGCUUCAUGAACAUGUGUGUUAAUGUAGUAUUUUAGCUUAUUUUUUGUUAAACAGAAUUCCUCAUACUUUGAAAUUAGCCCUCUGUUAUUUUCCAUAUUGUUUUAUUUACCAAAUGUCACUAUUCUCUUCUAAAGAAACUACGCCUAAUACGUAAUGUGAGUAUUCACAUAACAGAAGUGAAGUUGCUUUCUCUGUGCAGCUGCGAUAGGAACAGAUUUCAGCUUAAUGUCAUGUCAAGUCAGCUAAUCUACUUAGAGCAAUUUAGGCAGACACAAGGCCAUAAUAUUCCCAGAUUACAACCUUUCAUCCCUUCAUUAUUAUUUUAGUGUGAAUCUGGUGGGUUAUUAGAAGCAAGAUGUCUGUGUGUGUGUGUGUGUGUGUGUGUGUGUGUGUGUGUGAUAAAAUCCCAUUUAAUAAAACUUAGGAAAUCUGUCCAAGGUCAGCUGUGGGGAAUGAUCUUCAAACAUACCACAAAGUGCUCAGUUUCAAUUCUCAUUUUAUAUCUGGUUUAUACAGUAUUCUUUGUUGCAAGCACAGUAAAACUCCUGUUGCUGCCAGUGGUAGAUUGCCAGCCUACUUCAGUCACGCCUUCAAAAUAAGAAAUACUAUAUCAGGUAAAUGAUAUAAUAAUAAUAAUAAUAAUAAUAAUAAUAGGUAAAGGACCCCUGGAUGGUUAAGUCCAAUCCAAGGCGACUAUGGGGUUGCCACGCUCAUCUUGCUUUUCAGGCCGAGGGUGCUGGCGUUUGUCCACAGCCAGCUUUCCAGGUCAUGUGGCCAGCAGGACUAAACCGCUUCUGGUGCAAUGGGACACCGUGACAGAAGCAUAGUAAAAGUCAAACAUUAAAAACUUCCUGAUACAGGGCUGCCUUCUCACUCUUGUGAAGUAAGUAUCCCUGAGAUGUAGCCCAAGAACCUUGCUAAUUUUGUGUUGACCUUCUUAGGCUGGACUUUGUUGCUUGAGGUCUCCCAGGCUCCCCUUCUGAUACUUCUCUUACCCUGCAAGAGUGGACCCGGCGUGCACAACUGAGCCUACUUCAGUAGAGCUCAAGAGACUAGACAAUAUUGUUCGGAAGGACAUAUUAUUGUCAUCAUGUUGAGUUGGAAGGGACCAUGAGGGUCAUCAAGUCCAACCCUCUUCAAUGCAGGAAUCUUUUGCCUAACAUGGGGCUCAAAUCCGUGGCCCUGAGAUUAAGAGUCUGCUUCUCUACCAGUUGAGCUAUCCCAGCCUUAUUUAUCACAUGGGUCAUGCUCUUUCAACUUCAAACUGGGCAAGGUAAAAAAAAUAGCAGGCAGACAGGAACUUGGAGGAAAUAGGUGGUUGAAGAAACUAUGAUAUGAACUUAUUUCUGCCUUUAAUUGUGUUUGUCGUUGUUCUGCAUAGAGAGUCAUCAUUGCAACCAAUGAGAGGACUGGGGGACGUGGUUUAGGGAAUCAAUAAGUAUUGGGCUUCAGGUUGUGCUUGGCUAGCCUGUGCAGGACUUAUCUGGCCAAAGGCAAAUCCUUGAUUUUGCAAAAGAGGUUGGUUAUUUUUUAAACAAUUUAGUUUAUGUAAAGUGAGGCUUUGAGUUUGAAACUGAGAUUUGAGUUUCAAACCAGAAAGAGCAGGGAGUUUUGUAACUUGAUAGCCAUCUUAGUGCAAGCGCACUCUGUGAUUGUUCUGUACUAAGGGUGUGUGGGGUCCAGCCAUAGACUUGCUUCUGCAAGGAAUAAUGGCAUUACAGUCUCGCCCUGUGCUCUCAUACUCAUUUUUCUGAAGAAGAUAAUUGAAAGGUGUCUCAUUCAGUAUAACGUGUCUUCUAGGCUGUUGUUAUUGUGGUUACAACUGACACAAAUACUGAUGGCAUUUUUCUCUGAGAUGCCAAGAGGUUGUUACAUGGAGCUGUUUGACUUUUCCAUGGUACUUAAGCAAGGUGUUGCUGGAGGAGAAUGACUUCAGUUGUUUCUCAAAACACCAGGCCACUUAAAGAAAUGAGCAUCCCACGUGUCUGUUCCUUCUGUAAAAUAGGCAUGUAAAAAUGAUAAAUGUUUGUGUUUUCCCUCAGACCUUCACCUGUAACCAGAGUGCUGUUGGUGUAAAAGAAAUGAAAUUCAAUUUCUUUUGAAGAAGAUGUGUUACAGCAUUUAAGGUUAAGUGUACUGAACACUUUGAAGAUGCAUCUUUUAAGAUGCAGUUUUCUUUCCCUCAAAAUGAGUAUGAUGAUCUUUUCUUCAUAAUUCCUUUCUGUCUUUGAACAGCCUGAUAGAGCACGGUUUUCAAAUAUUUCUUGGAACUAAGGCAAAUGAGGAUUCACCGGUCUCCUUCCCUAUGUUUCUUUUUAGCAUUGACUUGCUAGUUUCUCAAUUACCAGAUUGUGGUUGUGGCCACAGAGUUUUAGGGGAUUUGGGUGCACUAUUCUAGUGUCCUUGAAUUGGUAGGGUGUUUUGGCCUGUGCUGAUGCUUUGCUGAUCCUCAAAAGGUGAUUGGGAGGACUGGAGGACUGUGGAAGAGAAAUGGUACCUAUCUUCUCUCCUGGGGUGUUUCUACCAUUGUGCCUGAACAUGGAAAUGAAAACUUGAAUGAUAAGACUGAAGAUGCCUGUUUGCAAAGCAUUGUCAAGUGUGUGUGGGUGUGAGAGAGAGCGUGAGAGAUUUUGAUUCAGUGUGUUGGACCUCCCUAGCCUGCCCAACCCCCAAAAGCCUGAAUGUCCCCUUGUAAAUCAGAGCAAUUAUGCUUUAUGACUGCAGAGUUAAGCAACUGCUACUAAACAGUUGCUAGCAGGAAGAUGUAUUCAGUUCCUUCACUCUCACACAUACUUUGACAUAUCUAGUCACAUGUCAGCAAUCAUACUUGAAUGUCAGGAUAUACAGCACUAGAAAUAUAAGCCAUUCAAAAACUUGCCUGGUGCUAAAUUGCUCAGAUGAUACACUGAUUCACAGUGCCAGCUUAGGUCUGCUAUCAUAGAAUAGUAGAAAACUUGGAAUUGAAAUAAGCAAUCUUGCCACAGAGAGAAGUAUUUUCAGGCCCCUACUUUAUGACUAGAUUUUUAUCACAAGCAUCUACAGCAGUGACUGCAUAGUCUUGUAUAAAUAAGUGUGCAUCCCUUGUUAGUUGGUACAAAAUGGUUGUUGGCCACAAGUUUGCUAGCUGACUGAUUUGCACAAUUGGGGACUGAAUUGUGGCAAUAAAAUACAAAAUAAAAUUUCUUGAGUGUUUCUGUCACUACAAGACAGCAUUCUGUCACAUCAAAGAGCAGGGGUAGGCAACCUAAGGCCCAAUCGCCUUCUCAACCCAGCCCGCAGAUGGUCCGGGAAUCAGCGUGUUUUUACAUGAGUAGCAUGUGUCCUUUUAUUUAAAAUGCAUCUCUGGGUUAUUUGUGGGUCAUAGGAAUUCAUUCAUUAUUAUUUUUUCCAAAAUAUAGUCCGGCCCACCACAUGGUCUGAGGGACGGUGGACCAACCCACGACUGAAAAAGGUUGCUGACCCCUAGCAAAGAGUCAUGUGCCAUCUUAAGGAUAAAAAGUAGUUGUAGCUUGAGUUUUUUUGUAAACUGGAACCUGCUUUGUGAGAGAGCAUUGCCAAAAGCAUUGCAUGUUUUUCACCUGAGCCCCUGUACCUGCUUGGCUUGGCAUUUGGCAAGGCUUGCAUAGAUCUAGAGGGGGAAGGGAUCCCUUUUCAGAACCUCUUGUCUAGCCUUGUUUUUAACUGAUUGACUUGUCAUCAUAAAUGAGCAACUAAGGACUUCACCCAGGAGGAUGAGCUGCCAGAAGAGUGGUGCCACAUUCAGCCUCUCUUCUGACAGCCUGCUGCAUUUCUUUGCUGGGUGUGGAAGAAGAUCUGUUGUCUUCUCCCUGCCUAGAUGAUAGAGCUUUCAAAAGGGCCCACCUGUGGCACCUCAUUUCAUUUCAUCUCUGCUGCGAGCCCCUCCUCUUUGCCCAGCACAGAAACCAAGACGGCUCCUGGUGGAGACAUGGAGUGCUAUGAUGCUGAACCUGCAGUGGGCAAAACUCCCUCUUACACUUCCAGUGUAGAACUCAAGAGGGCUGGAAGUGGAGGAAAGAAAGAAAUGCUGCCAGCCUGCUGCAUCUCAGUGCUAGAUGAGCUGCAGGUGAACCUCCUAUGCAUCUAGCAUAGAAAAACAGUGGACUGGUGGCAGAGGGAGAAAGCAGUCGGUGCUUUUGCCAGGAGACGGAUGUGCAGCAGGAGUGUCGUCUUCACACAAAUCCAGCUCAGGAUUGGCAGUGGGAUGUGCAAAGGAGGAAGGGAACACUAUUUUUUUAUUUACCUACUUUUGAUACAUAAAAGGCCCUGGAAAAGGAGGGAGGAGUGCCCACCUAAUGAGUAAAAAACAGGUUGUUUUUUUAAAAAUUGCUGUAACGUUGGGGAGUUUAUUUACAAGGUUGCUUUAUUCUUUUAACAAGAAUUAGUUUCUUUUGCAAAUAUUGAAUAGCAUAACUACUUCUAGUCUCCUAGUUGCAGAAGGCUAUGGUUUUUAUUCUGUUGCAUAGUUGUUGUGAAGCACGCUGACUUUGCCCUUCACAAAUAUCUGGCUAUGCUGGAUUAGGAUCUAUGCUAAAGCAUUCAACGGGGCAGAUUAUAGCUGAGGUGCACAGCUUGGAAAAUCAAUAUGCUGCUAAUGAAAAAGCUCUUUCACAGAUAUCGACUGAAAGUACGGGUAAGCCUUAGCAAUCCUCAAAUGCCCUCUGUGUGCACAUGCUGGCUGUUAUAAAAAGAGAUAUUGGGGGGGGGAGAGAAACAGAGAAUCCCGAAAUAAUACCAGGGGCAGGGGAAAUAAAGGAUCAGGAGAUCCCACUCAGUCUCCCUCUCUCUUUUAGGUUUUGGAAAGGGUAAUGCAGGGAACCUGUAGCCCUCCAGACCAACCAUUGACCAGUCUAGUUGAUGGGCUGAUGGGAACUGGAGUCAAAGGUCAGAGGUUACUUAUCCCUGGGGUAGUGUGUGGACCCUCUCCCUGCGCUGGAUUGGGGUGUUCAGUUGCAUUGCCGUAAUCUGUCUUCCCUAGCACCCAGCCUUGCUCUCCCCUUUUAAAUACAAUGAUUUCUCUGCCCACAUGGGGCGCUCCUGAGUGAAGAGAACUCAUCUCUUGCUUAUGGAUAAGCCUUGUCUGGCUGCCCAGCUAGCUGAUAUUGGGGUAUUCAUUGAUGUUUGCAUAAAAUAAUCCUGGAUUGACUAAACAUUCAGCAUUUGCCCAACAGUUACAAACUACACGUUCUUAACUCCUUGCAUAUAAAAAUAAAUUUUAUUCUUUUUUUCCACCUCAACUGAUGAAAAUAUUUUUUAUGUUUUAUCUUUAUUCUCCUCUUUAACAUUCUUAACAUUAAGAAAAUGUGAUGAGAUAUUAACUGAAAUGGGUUUUACAUGCAGCAUUCACUGUGACCAACCUAACGCCACAAUGUGCAACUUACAAAGCAGAAAUGUGUUGUCAUGUGUGUCAUUCAAACCUCUCUUUAGGACUCUCAUAUUUUCCUCCCUGAUAAUUUAACAGUUAGUGGGGGAGCAAUCCCAUGCACAAGAAACUGGCAUAAAGCAAGCCGGUGUAAAUUCAACUGGAGUAAAGUUAGACAAGAGCCAAACUCUCUUCAGCAGCAGAGCUGCUGCUCUGCCUGAGUUUGGCAGAGGGAAAGCAAGCCUUCAUAAGAGUGUUCUGUGCUGGGUUUCUAGGUCACAUGACUCAGCUGAAGACCUCACCUCUGGUUCUGCCCACCCACCCACGCCACUGGAGUGCCCCUUUGGCGAGGCUUCAACCUGCCCUGGCUCAGCCAGCUUCAGCCAGGAUGAGCAAGUCAUGUCAACAUACGUACGCUGAGCCAGGGACUUAACGUCAGAAGCAGUCUUUUGUGGUGGAAGUUUUCCUAGGGAAACAGGGCCAGAGGUGCCAGCUUUCAAGGGUGAGGGCAGGGGCACCAACAUCAUGUACCUGAGCAUCAUGCCUCCCUCCCUCCCUCCCUCCCUCCCUCCCUCCCUCCCUCCCUUCCUCCUCCUCCUCUAUUCCAGGAGAAACUUCCAGGGCUUUGGGAAGGGAGGUGCCAGACUUUAAUACUUUAAUACUCCAAUUUACUGGGAACAUUCAGUGGACUAUCCUAGUCCCUCUAGUUCACUGACCACACACUGCUGGCCAAUAGAGAGUCCAGGGAGCUCCAUUGCAUCCUGCGUUGCUCAUCUCAGAAGCUCUUGCCAUAGGAUUGCCCCCAGAACAUUCUAUGUGUACCAUCAUACCAUUCAGGGCAUUUUGCAGAGUUUUACGAAAAGAGACAGGUGCCUGCCCUCAAGAAGCUCCAGUGUGAAAGACAAGAUAUAAAGUUAUCCUUCUAGGUUAAUUUUUGGUAACUUCCGCCCUGAUACAUCAAGAAACAUGUACACUUUAUAUUUCCCCUGUGGACCACCACACCCUUUCUUGAACCUUGUAGAACCUAACCCUUCAAGAGGCAGGCUAGUCCCAAUUGGGUCUCCAUAGCUAGGCUGCAGAGGUGGGCUCAUUGGGGAUGAAGACGGGACGGACCUUUUUGGCUCCAUGGAUCUGCCUUGUGGGCCAAAGUGGAUGGGGUGGCAGGUGUGCCCUACCGGUCUAAAUCCCUUUUGUUCCCAUCACAGUGGCUCUGGGUUUAAAAUAGCACAAACAUAAGUGCACUGCCUUGUAUACCUUUUGGAUGAACUUGGGCCUAAAUGCAUAGAGAAAUUUAAUACUAAAUUAGCAAGUGCUGAGAAGGGGAGCCUCUUUAUUCUCUCUGAGGUUUAAAUAAGGUUGUUAACAUUGCAAGUCUGCUGUUGUAAUCGAUCCUAUAGGUUUGGCAUUUAUAGCUAUAUUCUCUCCUAAAGUGUACAAUGAGAACAGAUGGUUCACCUACGUAUUUUCUCACCUCAACAUGAUCUUUGGAAUGUUUUGAUGGUUUUAUAAUGCCAUGUUUUCUCCUUUUCCUCCCAAUUGCCAUUUUCUGUCUUGUUUUUGUGAGCCUGCUUUUGAUUUCUGUACAGUGGCUAGCAUAUUUUAGGCACUUUUAUCAAUGAUAAAGGAUAGUGAUGACAGUUUUACUCCUUUGAAUGCCAUUCACUUAUUGUUACAUCUGUUUGAUUUUUCAGGUGAAGAUGAAAAGGUACUUUUACCUAAGAAAGAAAAAAUGAAGCUGCGAAAGGAGAGGUGGUUGCAAAGUAAGUCUUUUUUUUAAUGAAUCCUGUUUUCACAGAAGACAGCUAACUCUUCAAUGCUUAGACUUUUACCUAAGAAUAUUAUGUGCAGUAGGCAAGCACCUGAAAAUCUGUAUAGGAAUCCACCUGACCGGAAGCAGUUUCAGAUGCUCCCUGAAGCUCUGUUGGCUGAUUGCUCAAGUAAUUGAUAAGUUCAGCAGAUGGCACUCGUAAUACUCACAGUUCUUCUAACUUUGCUGAAUUAUCUAACAAGUAAUAGAUUAUCAAAACUCAUGUACAAUGUUUUAAAAACAGGGUUAGACAAUCCAAAGUGAAUGUUAUUUCCAUACUUACAAGCACUAGGAGCCAGAGAAAUGACUAUAUGUUACAUGAAAAGUGGUUACAUAUAAACUCAACGGUUGCGAAUUUUGAAGUCACUUCCCAUGGAAGUGAGAAGGGAAAAGUAGAUGUGCUCAUAGAGCUGUGGACAGCCUUUCUCUAUGGGUCACUGUAUGCUCAUUUCACUUUUAGUGGCUAAAUUUCCAAGGGUGGCGGUUUGAGGAACAGGAGAAUUCAUGUAAGCAUGGAUAGAGAAAAGCCACCCACAUGACACGCACACACACAAUAUUAAAAAAGAAAGUUCACUACCCCAGCCUUCUCCCUCCCAACUUCUCUUCUUCCCCAAUCUUAAUCCGCCUAUAAUAUUUGGGCCUCACGUUGAAUAAAACUGAUCUGUAGAAAAUAUUCUAUGAACAGAAAACUUAGACACUGUAUGUACUUUUGUAAUUCAAGAAAAUCUAGAUAAUAAUAAUAAUAGUAACAACAACAAAAAUUAGUCAGAACCUGGUUUACACAUGACUAAUGACUGCAUGAGAAUUUUAAAUAAGUUCAUAGGAGACUUGUUCAGAUCUUGCAGGAUGAGAUUAAGAAUAGGCCUCUGGCUUGCAUGCUUUUUCCUCUGCUUUCUUCAGCUCAGGAAUGAAUUAUGGAACUAGUCAAUCCCAUGUUUCUCUCCCAGUGGGCUUAUUACAUCUCUACCCCACUUUCCUUCUUUGUUGAGCAAAGAUAUCUCAGCCUUAACCUUGUCAUACAUGAGGAUACCUUGGGUUCAUGGUGGGGAAAUGAGGACACAGGAAAAAAUUAUAGAAUAAAAGGCAAAAUCCUCCCUGUUCUGCUCUGUGGUGAGACUGUCUUUUGCAAGGUUCAGGCUGAAUACUCACAGGGGGUAAAGCUCUGGAGUUGGUUCCGCAGCAGUCAGACUUAGGCCAGUCCCUAUAUAAGAGCAGCACCAGUAUUCCAGUUGCAAGCUCUGCCUUUACUGAAAGGCCUUUACUCUUCACCUGCAGUCUCUUAAUCCUAUGAGGCCGGGGAAAUUGGUCACAUGGAUGCUUCUGAAGGAGGGUCCUCUGAGAUGUAGUUCUCUUGUCACAGAUACUUUAGUUGAUUGCAGGGGGUUGGACUUGAUGGCGCUUCCAACUCUCCAAUUCUCUGAUUCUAAGCCAGCACCCUUGGCUUCCAUUGUAGAAGUGUUUCUGCCCUCGGUUGCAGUUCUUUUUCUGAUUCAGCGUCUCCAACCUUCAUCCCUUGAAAAAGGUGAAUCUGCCUCCAGGGCCAUGACACCUCCUUCGAUUUGAUUGAAAAGUAAAAAUUGGAUAUUCUCACAGGUGCGGAAAGAAACAUGUGAAAACUGCAUUAUUAGGCCCACAUGAAUAAUGUUUCCUGUUGUAUAAUAACAGGGUAUUUACUUGAAGGAAUUUAAUUAGACAUUUGGUAAUGAUAUAUGUUUUUACUUCAACAGUAACUUGUCUAUAAAGAAGAUAAUGUUUUCCUAGUAUACAGUAAAUUUCACUUAUACAGAAAAUUGUUGUAAGAUUUAAUCACUUGACUAUUGAAUAUAUUUUUGGUAUCUUCAAAAGUAUUUUGGGAUUAGUUUGCUUUCUGCCCAAUUUCUUUUUUGAAGAGGAGAUGUAGAUGCCUUUUGCCCUCCCCUUUUUUGUUUGCCAGCUGGGAACUGAAGUUCUGCCUAAUGGCAUAAUAGAAAUUAUUCAGGUUAUAUUCUAUUCCAAGCAGUCGUAAAUCAUAUCAAACUAAAGCAAAAAAAGAUGCAGUUUCAGCCACUAGAAUCACAGGUAGAAUGGCUCUGUCCUUAGAAAGAUUUCAUAAGAAAAGAAUUCAGAAUCAGGUAUGUCUAAGCCUCAUUUCUGGAAACCUUUGAAGUAAUACAACUUCAUAGUACUGGACCAGAAACAGGGGUACUGGCAAUGAGAAUGCAUGUGCUUUCCAGCCAAGAGAGCCCAUCCGAGGUGAAGUAUACACAUCCACAUUUGUCACAAGCAUCUGAAAAGGCAAAUGUUAACAGGACAGCCAAAAGAACCAAGGAUAUUGUAAAUUCCAGCUCCAAAGAGUCCAAUGAAGGGCUGAAGAGAUCUAACCACAGUGAAAGGAUUGUAUCUUCUGAAUCACUUCUGAAUCCGUAGAAUCUUAUCUUACUUUCCGAGCUGAACCAUUCAUACUAAGGAGAUCAGAGGGACACUGUGACCUCUUUGAAUCUACAUAAUAGUGGGUUCAAAAUGGGCACAUUUGGCUUAACCAUCCCCUUCCCUCUCUCGUUACAGCAGAACGGGUAAAGUUCAUUAACUCCUGGUUUUAUGCUGUGCACUUAGGUAAAUUAUACUGGAUCUUACAUCUGAGUGAGCCUGGAAAGCUCCGUUUGGUGCUCCGAUGCCGUGCGAUUCCUUUUGUUCAGUUCUGUAAGCCCCAACCCUGGCUGACUGAAUAUUUCCAGUGACCAGGCUGGGUCACCUCAUUCCUCCCUCUCCUAUUUCACUCUAGCAUUGUGGCAGAAAUAAUGUUAUUGCCCCAAAUAAUACUUCAGCUCCUAAUUAGUCAGUAUGGAUAGUUACCCUCAUGGGUCAAGCAAAAUAUUUUUUCCUAAAGAAAGAACUAUGACAGGACCCUGUAGUUAAUAAAAAUGGACUUGAAACAGACUUCUCAGACAUAAGACUUUAAAAAGUGGUAAAGACAUUUUAAAGAUUCAAUUAACAGAAUUUAAAGUAUACUCCAUGGGUAGGCAAACUAAGGCCCAGGGGCUGGAUCCAGCCCAAUCGCCUUCUCAAUCCGGCCCGCGGACGGUCCGGGAAUCAACAUGUUUUUACCUGAGUAGAAUGUGUCCUUUUAUUUAAAAUGCAUCUCUGGGUUAUUUGUGGGGCAUAGGAAUUUGUUCAAUUCCCCCCCCCCAAAAAAAAAUAUAUAGUCCGGCCCCCCACAAGGUCUGAGGGGCAGUGGACCGGCCCCCUGCUGAAAAGGUUUGCUGACCCCUGGAUACUCGCUUAACAAUUGUUUCUCCUUCCUGCCCCUGUUUUUCAGAAAUAGAAAAUAUCAAACUAGCAAAACAACAACAAAAAGCAGAAGCAAAGCGAAAAGCUACCCCAGUAGUUGGAGAUCUGCAUCCUCUGAUGGACGCUCUGCCUGAGCUCUCAGACAUGGUAGCUGCCAGCAAGUUCUGCAGACAUCCUAAAACGUAAGUUAAGUGCUGCACACACAAUUUAGGUAAGCUGAGGUGUUAAACAGACUUUGAAAUUGGAACACUUGCUUGUUAAAUUGGGGUUUAAAAGCAUGAAGUUAUUUUCCAUCUAAUUUUUUAUAUUCAUUAGGGUUAUAGAAAUAUGGCUAUUAUAUACAGUGGUACCUUGGUUCUCAAAUUUAAUCCGUUCCGGGAGAUUGUUUGACUCCCGAAACCGUUCGAAAACCAAGGCGCAGCUUCCGAUUGGCUGCAGGUUUGUGGCAUUCGGGAGCCAAAACGUAUGAGUACCAAGGCAUUCGAAAACCAAGGUAUGACUCUAUAGCAAAGUAAAUCCUGGUAGAGACCUUCCAUUCCAGUUUUUACUAGCUGCCACUGAAAGUCCUUGUGGUUGAUUUCUUGCAUCAUUUGAGAAUAUUUUCUUAUUUGAAUAGUCAUGUUAACUGCCCUAGGAAGCCAUGGAAACCUUUGAAGGUAAAGGAGAAAAGAAAAUUAGAAUCAUAGAAUCAUAGAAUCAUAGAGUUGGAAGAGACCACAAGGGCCAUCGAGUCCAACCCCCUGCCAAGCAGGAAACACCAUCAGAGCACUCCUGACAUAUGGUUGUCAAGCCUCUGCUUAAAGACCUCCAAAGAAGGAGACUCCACCACACUCCUUGGCAGCAAAUUCCACUGACGAACAGCUCUUACUGUCAGGAAGUUCUUCCUAAUGUUUAGGUGGAAUCUUCUUUCUUGUAGUUUGGAUCCAUUGCUCCGUGUCCGCUUCUCCGGAGCAGCAGAAAACAACCUUUCUCCCUCCUCUAUGUGACAUCCUUUUAUAUAUUUGAACAUGGCUAUCAUAUCACCCCUUAACCUCCUCUUCUCCAGGCUAAACAUGCCCAGCUCUCUUAGCCGUUCCUCAUAAGGCAUCGUUUCCAGGCCUUUGACCAUUUUGGUUGCCCUCCUCUGGACACGUUCCAGUUUGUCAAUGUCCUUCUUGAACCGUGGUGCCCAGAACUGGACACAGUACUCCAGGUGAGGUCUGACCAGAGCAGAAUACAGUGGCACUAUUACUUCCCUUGAUCUAGAUGCUAUACUCCUAUUGAUGCAGCCCAGAAUUGCAUUGGCUUUUUAGCUGCCGCGUCACACUGUUGGCUCAUGUCAAGUUUGUGGUCAACCAAGACUCCUAGAUCCUUUUCACAUGUACUGCUCUCAAGCCAGGUGUCCCCCAUCUUGUAUUUGUGCCUCUCAUUUUUUUGCCCAAGUGCAAUACUUUACAUUUCUCCCUGUUAAAAUUCAUCUUGUUUGUUUUUGCCCAGUUCUCUAAUCUGUCAAGGUCGUUUUGAAGUGUGAUCCUGUCCUCUGGGGUGUUAGCCACCCCUCCCAAUUUGGUGUCAUCUGCAAAUUUGAUCAGGAUGCCCUUGAGUCCAUCAUCCAAGUCGUUGAUAAAGAUGUUGAAUAAGACCGGGCCCAAGACAGAACCCUGUGGCACCCCACUAGUCACUCUUCUCCAGGAUGAAGAGGAACCAUUGAUGAGCACCCUUUGGGUUCGGUCAGUCAGCCAGUUACAAAUCCACUGAGUGGUAGCAUAGUCAAGACCACAUUUUACCAGCUUCUUUACAAGAAUAUCAUGAGGCACCUUGUCAAAUGCCUUGCUGAAAUCAAGGUAGGCUACAUCCACUGCGUUCCCUUCAUCUACCAGGCUUGUAAUUCUGUCAAAAACGAGAUCAGGUUAGUCUGACAUGACUUAUUUUUCAGAAAUCCAUGCUGACUAUUGGUGAUCACAGCAUUCCUUUCUAGGUGCUCACAGACUGUUUGCUUAAUGAUCUGCUCCAGAAUCUUCCCUGGUAUUGAUGUCAGACUGACUGGGCGGUAAUUCUUUGGGUCCUCUCUUUUCCCUUUUUGAAAAUAUGGACAACAUUUGCCCUCCUCCAGUCUGCCGGGACUUCGCCUGUUCUCCAGGAAUUCUCAAAGAUGACUGCAAGUGGUUCUGAGAUCACAUCUGCCAGUUCUUUUAAUACUCUUGGAUGCAGUUCGUCUGGCCCUGGAGACUUGAAUACAUCUAAACUAGCCAAGUAUUCUUCUACUAUCUCCUUAGUUAUUCUGGGCUGUGUUUCCUUUGCUGAAUCAUUUGCUCCAAAUUCUUCAGGUCGGGCAUUGUUUUCUUUAUCGGAGAAGACUGAGGCAAAGAAGGCAUUGAGGAGUUCAGCUCUUUCUGUGUCCCCUGUUUGCAUUUCACCAUCUUCUCCUCUGAGUGACCCCACUGUUUCUUUGUUCUUCCUUUUGCUACGGACAUACCCAUAAAAGCCUUUUUUGUUGCUUUUAACCUCUCUAGCAAGCCUGAGUUCAUUCUGUGCUUUAGCUUUUCUGACUUUGUGUCUACACGUGCUGGCUAUUUGUUUGAAUUCCUCUUUGGUGGUUUCCCCUUUUCCAUUUUUUGUACACAUCCUUUUUAAUCUUAACUCAGUUAAAAGUUCUUUAGAUAGCCACCCUGGCUUCUUUAGGCACCUUCCAUGUUUCUGUCUCAUUGGUAUUGCCUGACGUUGUGCUUUUACUAUCUCCCUCUUAACAAACUCCCAUCCAUCAUGAACUCCCUUUCCUUUUAGUAUUACUGUCCAUGGGAUCUCACCCAGCACUUCCCUAAGUUUUAUGAAGUCAGCUUUCUUAAAGUCAAGAAAUUGAGUCCUAGUAUGCUUGGCUGCUCCUUUCCGCUGUAUAGUAAACUUCAGAAGAGCAUGAUCACUCGCACCUAAUGAUCCUUCCACUUCUACCCCACUAACCAGGUCAUCAACAUUGGUUAGGACCAGAUCUAAAAUGGCUGUUCCUCUUGUUGCUUCUCCCACUUUCUGGACAAUGAAGUUGUCUGCAAGGCCAGUGAGGAAUCUGUUUGACCUUAUGCUCUUGGCUGAGUUUGACAUCCAACAAAUAUCCGGGUAAUUGAAGUCCCCCAUUACUACUAUCUCCCUUCCUUUUGCAUGCUUGGCCAUCUGUUCCAGGAAGGCAUCAUCUAUGUCCUCCGUUUGGCUUGGGGAUCUAUAGUAAACUCCCACAAUGAGGUCACUGUUAUUCUUCUCUCCCUUAAUUUUGACCCAAAUGCUCUCACUUUGGCUUUGAGGUUCUAAAUCUUGGAUCUCUUCACAGGUAUACACAUCCCUGACAUAUAACGCCACUCCUCCUCCUUUCUUGUCUGGUCUGUUUCUCUGAAAUAGAUUGUAUCCCCCAUUAUUACAUUCCAAUCGUGGGACUUAUCCCACCAGGUUUCAGUGAUGCCUAUUAUGUCAUAUUUAGUUUGCUGUACCAAGAGCUCAAGCUCAUCUUGUUUAUUUCCCAUGCUUUGCGCAUUAGUGUACAGACAUUGAAGUCCAUUAAUCAUUCCCCGUGUCUCUUAUUUAAGGAUUUUUUCCUCCCACCACUAGGUCUGCGUGCUGUUUGCUCCAUUUGGUCUAUGACAUUUGGAUGAUCAUCUUCAUCAAUUGAUAGACUCCUACCUUCAGGAGCACUGUCUCCCUCCCCACAUUAGUCAGUUUAAAGCCCUCCUGAUGAGGUUUCUGAGAUUUUUGGCAAAAACAUUUCUCCCAUACGUUGUGAGGUGCAGCCCAUCGCUUGCCAGAAGUCCAUCUUCAAGAAACUGCAGUCCGUGAUCUAAGAAUCCAAACCGUUCCUGUUUACACCAUUUGCGAAGCCAGCUGUUCACUUCCACUAUUUUCCCCUCUCUCCCUGGGCCACGUCGUUCAACUGGGAGGACAGAUGAGAUCACAAUUUGUGCAUUUAAUUGCUUCAAUUUCCUGCCCAGAGCCUCGUAGUCUCUUUUGAUCUUCUGGAGGCUAUUGCUUGCAGUGUCAUUGGUUCCCACAUGAACCAAGAGGAAGGGGUAUUUGUCAGUGGGUUUUAUGAUUCCUUGCAGUCGUUCAGUUACAUCUUGGAUCUUAGCCCCGGGAGACAGCACACUUCCCGAGACAUCUUGUCAGGCCCACAGAUCACUGCUUCUGUUCCCCUCAGUAGGGAAUCCCCUAUCACCACUACACGCCUCCUCUUAGGUUUGGUCGGGGUUCUUCCGUGAGCUGUCCGCUCCAAGGUCGCCUGCACAUUCCCUGAGGACUGACUUUGCUGCUCGUCUUCAUAUACCUGAUCGACUGUAAUGAGGGAGAGAUCCUCAAAUGGAGUCUGCUCUUCGUCUUCCAUGCUAGGGGAGAGGACCUCAAAGCGAUUGUGUAUUUCUAAACAAUUAGAGCGAACCCUGGGCCUCCUACUUCUUUGAGUCACGUUUCUCCAUAUAUCUGGCUCCUGUGUUGGUGAACUAGCGUCCUUCUCAGGGGAGUCCCCUGUCUCCUCCUUGGUGGAGACGGUGUGCUCUGUUGCUUCCAAGAAGAGCUCCAGCUCUCUAAUUCUUUGGAGCGUAGCUACACGUUCCUCCAGUUGCUGGACUUUGUCUUUUAAGAGGGCAAUCAACAUGCAAUUUCUGCAGGUAAAGCUGCCUGCAACCUUUGGCAAGAUGGCAAACAUUGCGCAGGAACCGCAGGCGACUGCAGCUGUUCCCUCCCCCUCUGUCUUGAGAACGUGUCGUUGGGGGUGGCUACAGCGGUCCUCCAUCAUAAAAAGUGCGAAGACAGGAAAAAUAACUCCCCCCACAAAAAAAAACCUAGGUCUCCCCCAACAAACGUUUGAGACUAGCUCCCCUAAAUCUAAAAGAUGGAUCAAACUGCGCGCGCCGCUGCCCUGCAAUCUCUGAUAAGCUCCUCCCACAGCUAAUCACCUGCCUCAACAGAAACCCUGCCCCCUCUGACCUUUGCACAGGGAGAGCAGCCAAUCAGCCACAGAGAAACACACACAAGAAAACCCUUUUGCUCCUCCUUCAGCCGCUGCCCGCUGCCCAUAAAUUAGUUAUGAUGAUAAGCAUGCGCAGACCAGGAUUUUCAAUAACUGAGCACUGAAGGUAAACAUAAUGCUUAGAAAAUAUUUGCAAGUGAGUGCCAAGUGGGUACAAUGAAGUUGCUCUACAUCCACACAAGAUUUUCAUUAAAAGUUCACAUGCUCAUGAUCUUGUCUCGGAGCAGGAGUUCCACUGACCUCUCAGUUCCCAAUUCUUUUUACUUCAUAAAUAGGGGCUAAAAUUAAAUUCUCGACACAGAUGCAUGUUUCUUAAGAACAUAUUUUAUUGUAAGCUUUAGAACUGGCAUGCGAGAGGCUUUUGCCUUCCUGGUGUUGUGCUCCAUCAGCCUUAGAGAGCUUGCUCAAUGAUCAGGGAUGGUGGGAAUAUCUGGAAUGACACAUGUUCCUCAGCCCUGUUCUAAAAUGUCUUGUCGUCAGACUUGGUUUAGGCAUUUAGCCUUUCUGGAGUCUUCAGUUGUGUGGCUGUUGUGACUCUUGAAUAGACACUCUGUCCAGCAAUCCUGUGUAUAUCUAUAGAGGAGUCUUUCCCACUGGGCUGAGCAGAACUUCCCCGCUUGAAAAGAUGUUUAGGACUGCUGCCCAAAGCACUGUUAGCAUGGGAAAGUCUUUCUUCCUUUGAUUUACCACAGAAUAAGGCAUUUUAGUAUUGACAUUUUCAGAAACGUGGCCUUAUUCAGUGGUUGUGUGAAUUCACUUAUGUUUUUUGAUAGCUUGAUAUCCAGUGGAACAAUUUUCAGAAUACUUUCAAAUCUAAUGGAUUGUUGCUUACAAUUUACAGCUGUCUGAGUUAUUUUGUUUAUAUCCCCUCUCAUUUGCUUUCCUGAUUAAAACUUAUUUUGAAUAGGAUAGGUUCUUAUUUUUGGUUAUUUGUUAUACUUUUCAUUACAAUGUUAAUAUUAGAAAAAUGCUAUGUUAAUACUUAAAAAGAAGAAAGAGAAAACAAGAAAAAAUGUACAUCAACAUAAUACAGAAAAACAUGUAGCAGCACCUUGUCUUCAAAGUUAUUGUUUGAUAAAUGUAUAAACAAAGACUGUCUCUCAGAAAACCUAGCAACUGGUUUCCUAAAAUAACUCAUUUUUGAGAUGUCAACUUACACCAAAAAAAGUUUGCUUGUUUUUUGUCUGCUUUGUGUUGGAUUCCCUCUGGGAAUUGUGUUACGGUUGGCCAACUUGGAAACACUUCAGAUGCUUUAAGCCAGUAGAUCCAGGGUAUUGUAAUUUAUUUUUAUUUAUUGCAUUUAUAUCUUGCCGUUUUCUCCAAGGAUCUCAAAGUGCCACACAUGUUUCUUCCCCACGACAGUAACUGGCUUAAGGCCACCCAGGGAGUUCCUGGCCAAGAGGGGAUUUAAAGCCUGGUCCCUCGGGUCACAGUCCAACACAUUAAGCACUCCCCACAUGGGCUCAGGGCAGGAGACCUCUUUCAACUUGAGGGCCACAUUCCCUGCUGGUCAACCUUGCAGGGGCCGCAUGCCUGUGGGGGUGGGGCCAGAGGCAAAACAUCAGCUUUGCACAGGAGGCGAAAUGCUUCCGUUGCAGUUCAAAGACACAUUCCAGGCAGCGGAAACCCCCAGGCAGGAGUGGCCAGAGGGUGUGGGACUGAGGGGGCAAUCUGGCCUUGGGAGAGUCCCCAGGGUCAGAUAGAGAAGCCUGGACAGCCAAGUUGACCCCUAAGCCGGAGAGUCCUCGCCCCUGUGGUGGGGACUUUUAAGAAGGGCAGCAAUCCUUCCUCUAAUGUGCAUUUGACGUGUGUUAUUCCAGCCAUGUGCAGCUGAAGGCAGGCCGGUUAAAACUGUGCAAGUCAAGCUCCAAGCAAGGCAGGGGAGCUGGAAAGCUCUUUUUGCACGGGGCAACCCAAGCAGACCUGGUGCAAAAACAUUUCUCAAGCUUUUGGCCCUGCUUGGAGCUUGACUUGCGCAGUUUUAACCAGCCUGCCUUCAGCUGCACAUGCCGUUCUUUAAGUCUUGGCACGCCUGCUCUGGGAGUGCUGAGAAUGCUCUCUGUGUCCCUCACCCACUAGUCGGGGGGGGCGCCAAGGAAGUGACUCUAGGUGAAAGCAUGACAGGAACACUACAGGUUUUAUUUUUCAAAGGAUGGAGACUCUCCCCCCCCCCUUUCAGAUUGACACAAACCCUAUUCAGUUUCUCAAGGAUGCUCCAGAAAUGAUUGUGCUAAAUAGUCAUGAAAAGGAAUGAACUUCAGAAUGAAAUGGUCAGAAUCAUUUUAAUGUGAGCAAGGGUGGGGAGAAAUGUUUAAGGUUCAUAACCAAGCCCAGAGGAUCAAAUAAAAGUUCUACAUUCCACAUUGAAUUAUUUUAUUUAGAAGCAGCUACUUGUUAGUUCAAAGUCUAGAAAAUGGUUGCUGCUCCUUCUUGUAGUAAAUCCACUUUGCAGUUGUAAAUCCACUUUGUAGUUCCUCCUUUGUGCAGGGGCUGUUCUGGUUGCUCACAGUCUGAAUCUGUUGCAUGUGCUAUUUAAUCAGCACAAAUUUUUAGAGGAUUACAGUUAUUGCAUAAAUGAGGAAUUAUACUCCCAAUGAUUUGUCAGCUUUUAGUCAUAGAAGAUCAGAUUCUCCAGAAAUGUGAUCCCCUGCUGGGGAUAAGUGCAUUCAAUUGAGGUUUUAUUCUGAUUUAUAAUGAAUGAAGUCUGCAACAUGUAAUGAAACAAGGAUGCCUUUCAUGAUGAAUAAAUAAAAUUGAGGAGGCGGGCAUCCCAGCAGCACAUCACAGGCACUUGAGGCAAGUUUCCACAAGUGGCACAGACAUCUGUAUAUGGGAAUAAGUCUUAUUUCUUGGGUUAGUUACAGGUCACAUGCAUUUGAUCUCAAAGAGAACUUUGGGUUAACCUGAAGUCUGAUAAGACAUUGAUUCAAAUCUGUAAUGAGAAGCUUAGAGAGUGGUCUUAAUAUAGUCUUAUUCAGGAAUAACGUGUUUCACCUGGGAUUACUUCACUAGGAACUGAUGUUUUAUGUUUCUAGAAGUAACGAGAGCAGUGCAAUUUGCUUUGAAAGUUUGGAGCAAGGGGCUGCUGGGCUGCAGAUUAUCUGUUGUCUCUUCAGAAAUUGUAGGCCGUCUUCUCCUGGGUGAUGUGCUGGCUUCCUCAGAGCCUUCUCUUGCUGCGGAGCCAUCCCAGAGCAUACCUUGCGAGGGGAGGGGGGCGAUGGCAGCCUCCUUCCAGUGCCCCCAAUUUUGGAGAUGCCAGUUUUCUUUCCCAUAUAUUAGAGCUGUAAGUUCUCAGGGGAGGAUUUCGUCUCAGCACUAUUUUAAUAUAGACAUUUUUUAAAUCAUCAGACAGUAGUUUUGACAGGUUUGUGCUAGAUCAUGAAAGAAUGCAGUUAAUCACUAAAGUAUGUAUUUAUAACAGUGAGUAACGAAGCAGAAGACCCAACAUUCUCACGGCGAAUCAUUUUGGCUUCUGUUGCUCUGACAUGAAUCAAAGGGUACUGCUGCUGCAGCCUUGGCAGAAGCCAAAAUGUUUUGCUGUAAUAAUUUAACAUCUACUUUGUUAGCUGCUGUAGUUUAUGAGAGAGAAAUAGCAAAUUCAGAGUUUGUAGAAGGACAAAAAGUCCUUUGUAAAACCUCAAAGGUCUCUGUGGCCACAGAAUGCUAGGUAAGUGCGGGGGGUGGGGUUUGAGAAGGGAAGGGGCCUGGAGUGGCUGGAAGGCCAAGCUGAAGGUGCUGCACACGGCAACGUUUUUGGCAGGUCUUUGGUGUCAAUACUGUUCUCAAUUAAUACUUAGUUUUUGUUUUCUUCAGCCCAGCAAAGAAGAUGCUGCUGACUAACUUCUGUCAGAUGAAAUCAACCCAGAAACGCCAAGUCUUGUGAGUAAUGGUGGGACAGUCGCAAGAAGCCCUUCUGGGCAGCAAAGUCAAAACCUAUCUUGCCUUAAAAUAGAAGAAGAUGCCAUAAGGGCCAGUGAUGUGGCUCUUCUUCCCCAUGGUGUCGUGAAGUCAUGCUCCUCUGCGCAACCAGCAGCAGAAACAAACUCUGCAGUAGCAGCAUGGACACCAUCCCAUAAUUUCCGAGGAACUCUGCUGCCAUCUAACCAUCCCAGCAUCCCAUGUUGGUGCCUUCAAUGCAUGGCAAAAUGUGUGGGGUUGCUCUUGCUCUCCCCCCCCUUCUUUCUCCAGAUAGGCGACUGCACAUCCCCCAUCCAAGGCCUCCCAUCCCUAGCAAGUGAAAAUUAAACCCCACAGAGGGCGCUUCAUUACAGAAGCAAUUUCAUGUUGCUUCUCCUAAACUUCUCUGCUGAUGAUCAGGGCCUCUAAAUCAUAGCUUCCCUUUUGAAAACAGCAGCUGAAGUGACACCAUGGUCUCUUGCUGGGUGUUGGGAUGUCAUCUGCUUCUUCAGGACCUUCCGUGCCUUUAGACGUCGGACUGAGUGAGUCCCUCCUGCUGUGCUUUUGCAGAAGCAAGAGGUUUGGGCAAGUCCAUUUGUCCUUGGGAAGUUCUCAGUCUGUGUCUCACUGAUCUGAUGACUCACUUGCCGGGGGCCAAGGGCUCUGCUGCAUAAGUGGGCUUUGCUAAUGCAAAAUUUGGCAAUUUGCCUUGUUCCUCUUGGGUAUUUUUGUUCACUGAUUGCAGGGGAUAGGGGUGGGCACUUCCUAAGAAUUUAGCCAAGGCAGCGCCAAUAUCCUGUUCUCUUCUCCCCCCUCCCUCUUCUGGCAGAGUUCUGUAACCUUAGUUCUGUUUGUGCCAGAGAAAAGUCGACAGGUCAGGAAAAUGAUUGUACUCACCGACGCAACACCAUCCUGUUUAUCCAAAGCAGCUAAUUUGGGAAAUGAUAAUGUUAUGCAUGCAAGAGGAAUAAAGGCUAAAAUGUUAACUGAAAAAGACAAGGCAUUCCAGGUCCCAAAGACGAGGGCUAUGUUCAUAAACUUUUAUUGCACUAGCCAAAGGCCAGGGCAUCAGUAGAGGUAUGUACCAAUCACAAAAGUUGGUUCAGACCCCAAUUUGGUUCUUUGGAAUGAGGAAAAAAGGAAUCAUGUUCUCCCCUGAUGUUUUGUGAACAAAUGUUCUGAAAAUCGCAUACAUAAGAGAGCUUACCUUAUCACCGGAUAAGAAAACUGGCAAACUGCCGUGAAAUAUGCCCACCAUUUUUUGUGGAGGUGAGGGGACUUUCCAGGUAAAAUCAGUUCCUCUGAUGACAACUUGGCCCUGUUAGUCACAACGAUCUCUCACGUAACUCUCCCAGUGCGGGUGUUUCUUCUUCCUUCCCUCAGCAUUCCACCCUGGCGUUUUCCUUAUAUGAUAAGCUUAGUUCUGCUUUUAGCAUAUGCUUGUCUGCAGUCGCUUUUUGACAUCUGAAUUGCCAACCCCCACAAAGUGCUUCAAGGGUUCCAGUUCCGACUUCACCUCCAACAAGCCCCAAACCUUUUUGAGGUGCCACACUUCAUCUUGGAUUCAGGAUUUGUCUGAAUUCAGUGCACACCCCUGCUGGAUAGCACAUAUACUCCUUGUGAGGCUUGCAGAAUUACAGAACUGCCCUUAGCUUCAGUAGAGCUGCCCAGUAGUGUUGUUUGCAUAAACACAUGUAGCAACUGUACGCCAGCUAAACUCCAUUGUGCCUGGCUAAUAUAACUUGGAUUCUUGCAAAUUCAAGCGAGAUAUUAUAAUGAGAGCGCUGGAGGUAAGAUUGUGUUUCAAAUAAAUCCAGAGAGCUCUUCUGCUCAGAGACAUACCGGUAGCUCAGAGGGCCCCAUAUUUCCUCUCUCUCUCUCCCCCCCCCGUUAAAAGUUUAAAACGUUAAGCUUUUCUUGGCUUAUAAGGCAGCUAAGCACACUGUAGAGCCCAGAGCUGAUAAGACCCUAGCCAAGACCAUAUUCAUUUCCCUAUAAAUUAACAAAUGCACAUUUUGGGCAAUCCUUUAAAUACAUAGCUACACUUUUGCUCUGUGAAGAGUGCUAUUGCCAGAUACAGUGGUACCUUGGUUUGCGAACAAACAUGUCAAACCUGGAAGUUCAUGUCCUGGUUUGCAAACUUUUUUUUGGAUUACAAACCCCCCCCUUUUUUUUUUUUGAUUACAAACAAAUUUUUCUUGGAGGCCCCAUUGGCAAAAGAGCGCCUUGGGUUACAAGCUGUUUUGGUUUACAAACAGACCUCCGGUGUGUACAUGACACACUCCUGAUUUUAUGUUACUUUUCUCAAGCCACCCUAGAAGCAAAGCCCUGGUUUACAGACUUUCAUCAAGUAAUUCAAAGGAAUAGGAUGAAAGGUCCUAUUUGUGAACUCCUGGUUCUAUGCUGUGCACAGCUGCAAGGAAAGGGCUUUAAUUGAACUCACACUGUAGUAGGUAUGUUAUGCUAUUCUCAUAGAAUAAGUUUGAGCCGUUCAAGGAAUAUGGAAGACACACUUGGAUAUGAGCAUCUUCAGGUGUUGAGAGUCCUGCUGUUUGCACAUGACUCUUCCUCGUGAGCUCUCUUACACUGACCCCCAUAAUUCACACAGCAGAUGUGCCUAGAUGACACCCUCCAGUUUAUGCCUUUUUGUUCCCUGGGGUGUGCUAGAAGUUUAGUCAGAGCCAGGUUAGGUUAGCCCCACCUGAAUACAGUGUGUUACUUCACUCAAGGACUGGUAGUACAGUGGUACCUCAGACGUCGAAUGGAAUCUGUUCCGGAGGUCCGUUUGACUUCCAAAACAUUUGGAAACCAAGGCGCAGCUUCUGAUUGGCUGCAGGAGGCUCCUGCAGCCAAUCGGAAGCCACGUCGGAUGUUUGGGUUCCAAAGAAUGUUCACAAACCGUGGCGUUCGGGAGCCAAAACGUUCAACUCGCAAGGCAUUCAGGAUCCAAGGUACAACUGUACUUUUAACUUGCCUCUUGUAAUGCUAGCCUGUCAUCUGAUGCAUUUUCUCCCUUUUUUCUAGGAUGCAGGAAGUAGCACAGUUUCACAAGACUAUAUCGGAUCCUUUGUUCAAAGCUAGCCCUUUGACAGUCCUUGGUGAGCAUCUUUCCAAAAGACUGCAGCUGGAGAGGGAGGGAAAGCCAUUCUGACCUCAUUGCUGGGACUGUUUGAGAGCACAAGAGAUUGGAUUCUCGCAAACACACUGCAUGAUGACCUUACAUGCCCAGUAUGCCAGCAUAACUUGCAAGAGUUCACAGGAUUAUGACAUUCAGUGACCUUGUUUUCCGCCAACAGAAAUAAGGCUGCCAAGACUGAUGAUUGCCAGUACUAGCUGCAAAGCUGUCUGCUGUUUUGCUAGAAGCUCUGGGGGAUUGUUCUCGAUUCCCACUCUGUGCUAUAUCACGCACCAAAUGUUGUUUCUCUUUUCUUUCCAUAGUUCCUAUGAAGUAUAACAUCCUCUCCUCUAGGAGUAAUGCAGCAUUUGCAUCAUUCUCCUGAAAUUAUAUUUAAUAGAGAUUAAGUCUGCUCCUGUUUCCAUUCAACUGAAAAAUAUCUGUUCUUGUUAGUUUUUGAUACUGAUUUGGCAGGUGCAUGAUGUAAAGUUUAGUUUUUCUACAUAAUAAACAUUUCCCCCCGUAGUAUGAUGUUGUAAGAUAGCAAUAAUAAAGGGAAUACCACCCUAAUUUUUCAAAUGAAAAAUGAUGAGUAGUGAAACUGACACGGGGACAAAUAGAAGAUGCCUUCACCCUGGUAUGGUUCCCAUUUAUCACAUACCUACUCCAACAAGACAACAAAAAGAAUCUGCUGUCAGUAUACAAAUCAAUAUGGCUAACCUGACCCCAAAACCCACACACUCACACACAAAACCAUAUCUCACUACAGACAGCCAAAGACAACCAACCAUACCUAGGCCACCCCAACCUCUCACCACCAAGGAAAUACAACAAGCGAAUAGUAAGAACACACACGAGUGACACUGACACAAAACCCCACACAUACACUAAGUAAAAGAAUAGAAGCAUUGCCACCCCACUCCAUCCCACUCACCAUUCCCCUCUUCCCCCUCUUUUCUUCCUAACCUAACACUAAUGUCUCACAACAAAUGGAACUGAUCUGUAGAAACACAACUUGAAAAAAGAGACAAUGUACACAUUUUUGUAAACUAAGAAAUCUUUAAUAGUUUUUUUAAAAAACAAAACUGGAGAGUGUGUUGUGGUACAGCGGUACUUGACCAUCCAACCUGUGCUAAUGGUAAAAGAAUAACUUGGGUGGGGGAGCUUUACUCCUGCAAGCUCAUCCACCCAGGUAUUUUUAAUGCAAGCCAAAGUUGGCAUCCUCCUCAAGGACAAAGUCCUGGAAAAAAAUCAGUUUUUCACACAAACAUAGCAUUCAGCUAAAGCACCACCAGAUUUGAUUUGAUUUCUUUUUGGCAGAGCAGCCAGGUUUGCUUUGGCUGGGAGGAAGAACAUGAAGGGGGAGCACAAUGUACAGUCCUAUCUUCAUUAACCCCUUAGGGUGCCAGUCCAUGAAACUUGGUUGUAUUAUUAUUAUUAGUUAUUCAGAUAUACUACAAGUUUUGGCUACAGUAUAUUGUCAAACAAAUAAUCAUUCUUAUCUGAACACAAAACAAACUGUAAAGCAUUUAAUAAAUUCUUAACACAAAACAAACCACAGGUGUGUAGUACCUUGGAAAAUUAUACUUAGGGCACAUCAUCCAAAUUCAGUAAUCGUAAUUGAAAUCAAACAGAAUCAUAAAACCCCACCAUGCCAACAUGUGACUUGUAUUUGAGUAAAUAGCACAUGUAUGACUUGGCUUCUUGAAAAUGAAAUCAGCAGACCAUGUCAAGAAAGGAAAGCCAAAUGGCUCAAUAUCUGCUUUGGUUCACCUUUCCUUACAUUAAGGGUGUACAAUGUUGCCCUCCAGAUGUUGAGAACUCUAGCUCCCAUCUUCCUUGACCAUUGGCCAGACUGGAUGGGGCUGAUGGGAGUUGGAGCCCAACAUCGUCUGCAAGGCACCAGAUUGGCUGUCCCUGCCUUAAGAUGUCAGCCAAAUUGCAAAGCCAGGUAAAUCAGGAUGGUGAAGCAAAGAAUCUGGCUAAAGGUCUCACUUCCUCAAGGAGGUAACAAAUGUUUGAGAUACUGUGGAAGGGCAAUUCAUUGGAUUAAGAAUUAAAAAUAGGACCUGUGACAAUAAAAAGGAAAAUUAAAAAUAAGGGAUAAAUCUGCCUUUUGGAAUUCUUUGCAGCAGGAGGUAUUGUUGCCAAAAGCAAAUAGGGCAAGAAUAAAAUUAUUCAUUUAUUCAUAUAAUUAAUAUCCUAUCUCUCAUAAAAGAGCAG